GCGAGUGAAGGUUGGAUGGAAAAGUUCAGCGCGGGCAGUUCAACCUAGGAUUUACCCAGCAAAUGCCUGCAAACGCAAGGUAAAAUGUGCUGUUACAGGGCGUAGGUAGUAGUUACGCUGCUGCUUUGCCGCAUUGAAAGCGCGGACGGGUGCUGCCGCCGUCCGUAACGUUCCUGACGGCGGCAGACCGAGCCCAGUGCUGUUCGGGUGCUAAACCCUGUGUCGACGCUGCCGGCAAGGAAGCCGUUGGAGCGCUCUGGGCCGACCACGAGAAAAAGCCGCCAAAACUCCAACCAAGAGAACUUGGACGGGGAUCGUUGGACCGCGACAAAGCCGCACCCAGCUAUAACAAAGCUUUGCAGCUGCAAUCGAUGACGGCGCAAUCUCCGCACUGCCGCUACUCCAAUCUACACUGCGUUUAAACACUUCUAGCGGGGGGCUCGCGUCCAGCAACGACUAGCGUCUCGCAGUCAUUUCUCAAUACAGCGGUGCGAAACGAUGGAAAUGUGAUUGACGUCGCAGCCGGUGAACAAGCUGGCAAUACACGGAAGUCAGAUGCCAUUUGCUGGGCCCAUUCGGCAGCACCACAUCCAAUUUCCCGCGAAAUUGUGACAGGUCCGCCCGACGCGGCUCUGCACUCGAUGCAGUCCUCGCCCUUGAAGCUGCAGCACCACUCGUCGUUGUUCUCGAUUAAGUACGACGAAGGAGGACCCUUUGCAGCCAGUCGCUUGUUGCACACCUCCUGGCCAUAGACGAGCCAUAUUUUUUACGGACAUUUUCUGCUCGCUGAGCCAAUCACCGACCAGAUACGCGACUCUUGGCGGAUGAAACGACGUUUUCCGCUUAAUGCAGUCGCCUCCAAGCAGCCAGCAGCAUGGACUGGGAGGCCAACCUGGCCGCCAUCAUCAAGUGCACGGACGCCAGUCUCGCACAGCAAUUCCGUGAGUUUGAGGACGUCACGGCCGAGUUUACGGCGGUCGACGAGGCUCCUGUAGCCCACGAUCCUGGUGACAAUGUAGCAGCGAAUUAUCUGCGUGAGAGCAUGGCAGCUGAAUAUCGUCGCCGCAAGCAGCAGGAAAAAACACAGCCGUCGCAUUCACGUGUAUCCGGAGCAUUCUCAACGACGUCAGCACCGGCAUCCACCUUCUCAGAGCAUUUCCAUCGUCAACAGGAGCGAAAACGUGGAAAUUCGAGAGUAAGAGACAACCAGCGAAUGCACCGUCGUGCUAGUGACUAUGAACCUGCCGAGGACGAGGGGCAAAUGCAGGACCACGAAGUGAAUGAACAGCGUUACAAUACGUCGCGACAACAAAUGUACUCGUCACCGACGUAUGACGUCGCACAGAUGAUGGAGCAGGUGCGACUGAGCUUGAAAUUGGAGGUGGAUGCCCGUGCUGCUAUUGCAGAGCGACAACUGAGCGCGCUGUUGCAACUGUGUAAGGCCACGUCGGAGGAGUUAGACCGACUGCGAGUAGAGGUCUGUGCGAACGACCGUCAGCUGCACACACUAGACCAGGUGCAGUCGAAGAUUCGACAGGAACUCACGACGCAAAAGGAUAUUGGCUUUCACUUGCAGUCGAUGUGUGGUAAGGAUGAGUCGUGGCGCAUGCAGACCGAGAAUCAAUUGUUAGAGUUACGUCAAAUGGUGGCAGCAUUACGGGAACAGGGAAAUUCUACGCAGGCGGUGGCACAGGAGAAGUUAUCGAGGUCUGAGCUACUGGUGCAGUUUAAUGCUGCCAUGGAGCCAAUCAAAGCCCAGCUACAAGCCAAUCUGCAGCACCAGGCUCAACAGAUCGCUGAGAUUACGCGCACUACGAGUUCUUCAAGUCUACUGCUCGACGGGAUCACGCAAAAAGUGAAUCGAGGUAUUACAGAGGAGCUGAACGAACUGCGAAGCGAUCUUAACGCACUAAAGCACCAUGUCGCCAAAAUGGACAUAUUUCAGGAUAAUGGCCGGAGUGAAAAUCGCUCAUCACAACCGUCAAAGGAAGAAAUCGAAGCCAAAGCAAAAGAGGAGCAGCAACAACAGGAGAAAAAAAUGGCAGAGGUACGAGAAGAACUCCAGAAGGAGAUGAUGACGCUCGUGAAAGACUACGUGGAGACUCAAAUUGUACCGAUUCAACAGUCGUUUGAUGAAAACAAGCACCGAUUUGUCGCUAAAAACGAGAUCGAGAGCUUGCGCGGUAUUCUUGAUGAAGCCUGUAAAAAUCGUUGCGCCACAACUGUAAUGCAGCUUGAAAGGCAAAUCAGAGCAGCCCAGGAUCAACUCCGAGGUGAGUACAAUGCAGCAAUCCGAGAUACUUCGGAUCGACUUGAAAAGAAAAUGCAGCAAAGUGAAAAUACGAUGACGACAACCCUGGAUGGACAAGUAAAAUCCUGGCAAAAUAAACAACUUGAGUUGGUGAAGACGAUUGAAAAUGAGCAAAAGGAGAGAAAGCAAGCAUUGGACGAGCUUCACGAAUCGCUUCGAAAAAGUCGUCACCAGUUAGAAGACCAACUUCACACGAUGGUGCAGGAAGGUCGAGCGAAAUUAUCACAACUUGAAAGCGACGUUGAAAAGCGAUUAAAAGACGUGGACAAACAGAUUGAAAGCGCGAUAGUGGACGUUCAGAAAGAAAACCAGGCAUCUUUAGCAAGUAUGGUAAGCUCUAUGCAGAUGCAAGGUAGCAACAAUACUGUCGAGUUGGAACAGAAGCUGAAGCGCCUUGAGGAAACUAUCUUGAGUACCAACCAAUCUGUCGCUGCACUGUCUAAAUCGAUUGCAUCGUCAGCGCCACACAGCGAUUCCAAUACUAAAGACGUUAGUUUGGCUCUGGAGAAGCAGACUGGCGUGUACGUAUCAACAAUGGAGAAUCUGCUUCAGAAAAUGCAGCUACAGCUUCAAGUGCAGGCUCAACCACAAGUUCAGAUGAUGGCUCCGUCCCCGUAUCACGGCUAUUGGCCGCCAUCACCCUACGCUGCGAAUCAAACACCACCGCCGCCAAUUCUUCAUCUUCCACCAACUGUGAAUCCUUCAGGCGCAGCAAGGGCGAUACCCCAGUCACAUUUGACCCCAACAACACCCGCGACUAAAAGUACACCGUCAGAAACUCUAGUUCCAAGCUCGCAUAUUGACAACUCAGUGAGGGAGGAGUUGAUUGAAGUCCCAGCAAACAAUGAUAGAUCUGUUGACCGUGUGUGCACCGCGCUACCAGUUACGGCUUCAGAACUUUCAAACGCGAUUUCAGUACCACCAACUGAGACGUUAAAUCUAUCCUCUGCUACUCCAACAGUACCAUAUAGCUUGACGACAUCCAGCAACGAGAACGAAACAAUUAAGCGAGAAAAUACUCUCGCUACAACUGCAAAAGGAGCUCUAGCUGAAGCUGAACUUGCCAAGGCUCGUGUUGAAGGCCGUCGAAAGCAAGAACAGGAAUUGAAACAGCAACGACAGCCUCCUGUUUCAGUUCCGCCAGUAAAUGUACUGAGAUCAGGAAUUGGAGUCUCAACAUCCGAUAAAGAAGCUAACAAUAUGCGAUUGUCAAUCCCUGCGAGUCUCACGGCAC